AUGAAGGCCAAGACGCGCAACCAAACCAAAACUCGCUCCUCACCGAGGCUGACGGUCGCGACGGGCCACAACGGCCAGGCGAACGGCAGCAUGGACUCCCAUAUCGAGUUGCGGAGAAAGGGCUCCGUUGAACCACCUUCGUCCGAAACGCAGAGAGAGCGGUUGAUGUCGAGACCCGAUUUUAGUCUCGAUGAUGAACCGCCACGAACACCCCAGACGCCUGGUAUGACGAAUACCAGUCUUUUUUCACUUCCAGAGCAGGAUAGGAGGAAUUUCUUGCUAUUAUGUCUGCUCUACUUCUUGCAGGGUGUGCCAAUGGGUCUGGCUUCGGGAUCUGUGCCGUUCCUGCUGAAGCCGUAUCUGUCCUACGGGCAGAUCGGUGUCUUCUCAUUAGCAUCGUACCCGUAUUCCCUCAAGCUCCUUUGGAGUCCGAUCGUGGAUGCGGUCUGGAGCCCGAAGUUCGGCAGGAGGAAGAGCUGGAUUACACCCAUUCAGACUGUCUCUGGACUGGCGAUGAUCUACCUAGGACGACAUAUUGAGGGUAUGAUGGCAGCUGCAGGAGCAAAUGGCGGAGCUGGGGUCUGGAAUUUCACAUGGUGGUGGUUCUUUCUGGUCUUCCUCUGUGCGACUCAGGAUAUCGCUGUGGACGGCUGGGCGAUUACCCUGCUCUCCCCACCGAACAUUUCUUAUGCCUCGACGGCCCAGACUGUUGGUCUUACAGCGGGCCAUUUCCUGUCAUAUACCGUCUUCUUGGCCUUCAAUUCGAAGGAUUUUGCAAACAGAUGGUUCCGGGCUGAACCGCAAGAUACGGGCCUGCUGUCCCUUGGUUCUUAUCUUACUUUCUGGGGAUGGGCAUACUUGAUUGUGACAGUUGGUCUGGCCAUCAUGAAGAAGGAAGAUAAGACCAAGGAUCGCGACGGGAUCGUCGAGGUCUACAAGAGCAUGUGGAGUGUCCUCAAGCUCAAGAACAUUCAGAGUAUUAUCAUCAUCCAUCUGAUUGCCAAAAUUGGCUUCCAGGCGAAUGAUGCAGUGACUAGUCUGAAGUUGCUCGAGAAGGGUUUCGGCCAGGACAACAUGGCACUAGUGGUCCUGAUUGAUUUCCCUUUCGAGAUUGGUCUGGGAUACUAUGCUGGAAAAUGGUCGACUGAGUACACUCCCAUGAGACUCUGGUGCUGGGCAUUUGUGGGGCGACUCAUUGCCGCAGUUGUCGCGCAGUUGACUGUCUUGAUCUACCCGGCUGGUCCUGAUGUUCCAUUCUGGUACCUGCUGACGGUUGUUGGCGAGCAUGUCUUGUCCACUUUUAUGAAUACCGUCAUGUUCGUGGCGAUCUCUGCGUUCCACGCGCGCAUCGCCGAUCCUAUCAUUGGAGGAACCUAUAUGACACUAUUAGCAACCGUCUCAAACCUUGGUGGCACAUUCCCCAAGUUCUUCAUUCUCAAGCUUGUUGACACGCUCACGAGCGCUACUUGUAUUCCUCCGAGUACUGCGCCCUCACCGGACAAGUUGAAGGGUCCGCUUGUUACGACGCCCUUUUCCUGCGUUCUUGAAGCAGACAAGCACCGCUGUCUUGACGGAGGUGGUUCGUGUCAUGUUGCUCGGGAUGGAUAUUAUAUCACCAACAUUCUAUGUGUGAUUAUUGGUGCCGUGACUUUCUGGUCAUUCAUCAAACCUGCAGCCCUCAAGCUGCAGAGCCUUCCUCUCAGAGCCUGGCGAUUGUUUCCUUCUCGAGAGUAA